UUCCCGUUACGCCACCUCGCUUCCCGUGGCAACGCCCUGCGCUCUUCUUGUCUUUGCCCUUCAAAACUCUCUCUCUCUCUCUCUCUCUCUCUUCUACUUCUAUCCCUCCUCUCGCCUCCAUGGCAUCCCCGGCUCGCUCCUCCCCCGUCGCCUUCUCCGGAAUCGCCUCCUUCACCGGCGGCGACUCCUCCCUGCUGCCGGACCCCAAUUCCCAGACUGGCAGUGCCGCCGGGAGCUUCCAGGGCGAGGGCCUCCUCGCCGGGACGGCCGGCGGCGUCCCGGAGGUGGACGGAGGCAGCGGCGGCGAGGCGGAGUUUGGGUUCCAGCGGCCGGAGUUCGGGCAGGAGGCGCUGGCGGGAACCGUACAGAUCUACGACCGCCACGUGUUCCUUUGUUACAAGUCGCCGAACGUCUGGCCGUCUCACGUCGAGGCGGCGGAGUCUGACCGGCUCCCUCGCCUCCUCUUCGCCGCCCUCAAGGCCCGGAAGGAAGACAUGAAGAAGCGGACUCGUAUGACCAUAUGCGAAGGAGAAGAUGGUACUGAUUCUUCCAAUGGAGAUGUUCUGAUCUUUCCAGACAUGAUUAGAUACAGGAAAUUGACCCACUUUGAUGUUGAUACUUUUGUUGAAGAAGUGCUUGUGAAAGACAAUGAGUGGCUCCCAGGAGCAGCUGAACCACUGACUGGUUCAUUUGUUUUUAUAUGUGCUCAUCAAAGCCGAGAUCGGAGAUGCGGUGUUUGUGGCCCUGCUCUUGUUAAAAAAUUCAAAGAAGAGAUAACCCUUUAUGGUCUACAAAGACAAGUGUCUGUCAGGCCCUGCUCACAUGUGGGUGGUCAUAAGUAUGCAGGAAAUGUCAUUAUAUUUAGUCCCAAUAUCAAUGGAGAACUUACUGGUCAUUGGUAUGGAUAUGUCUCUCCAGAUGAUGUGCCUACAUUGCUUGAACAGCACAUUCGGAAAGGCAAGAUUGUAGACCAUCUGUGGAGGGGGCAAAUGGGAUUAUCUGAGGAGGACCAGAAAAAUGCUCAGAACCUUAGACUUCAGCCAAACAGUGGAAUGGAGCAAAAUACUGCAAAGGAAUUCAUCGAAACUGCAGGAACUGAUGGUGUUGUAAAUGGCACAAUAGCUGGAGCAGGUGGAUGCUGCCAGGGCACUGGCAACAUCUCUUGUUGCCAGAACACGCCACCGAUGGAAAAACCAGAAAAUGAUCAGAUUGGCGAACAGAAGACUCAGGAGGUCGAGCAGGAGAAGAGUAAGAUGGAAACCAAGACCAGUAGCAACAAAGCAGCCUCGUGCACUCGUAAAAUCUGUGCAAUGCCCACCUGGUUUGAGAGCUGGGAACGAGAGGACACCUAUGCAGCUCUCGCGGUGGUUGCAGCCAUUGCCUCCGUUGCUGUUGCUUAUAGCUGCUAUAGGCAGCUGAGAUAAAAUUCAGUUCUUUUCUAACUAUGACUUGUGCUGGCUUAGGUAUCAGCAGUCCUCAUGAUAGUGGGCUAUCAUGUCAUCAAAAUGUAUUAUAGCUGUUCCAUGGGAAAACAAAACAUCAGGAUACACGUGAUGGAAUAAGAAACAUGAUGCUUCAGACCUAGUUUUGAAAUGUUGUAGGUUUGAAAGAUGUUAAUAUUACCCUAAUAUACAUGCAAGGGAUGGACAAUAUAGUCUGAAAAAAUCCUGGACAUGGAUGUUGGUAACCAUGAAUGAAUGCUGUUUUUUGAAUCGAGACAUACAGAUUGGCUGC